AUGGGUGUUGUCAAGGGAGGUGUUUGGACCAACAUCGAGGAUGAAAUCCUCAAGGCCUCCGUAUCCAAAUACGGCCUGAACCAGUGGGCGCGUGUCUCGUCGCUGCUCGCGCGCAAGACACCCAAGCAAUGCAAGGCAAGAUGGAACGAGUGGCUGGACCCCAGCAUCAAGAAGAUCGAAUGGAGCAAGGAGGAAGACGAGAAGCUGCUGCAUCUCGCAAAGUUGAUGCCCACGCAAUGGCGCACCAUCGCCCCCAUCGUCGGCCGAACCGCCAACCAAUGCCUCGAACGAUACCAAAAGCUCCUCGACGAAGCCGAAGCCCGCGAAGCUGGCCAGUUCGGCCUCGCCGGUCCCGACGGCGGCGAGACGCAGGCCCCCAGCGCCGACGACGUCAGGAGACUCCGCCCUGGUGAAGUCGACCCCGAUCCCGAAAGCAAGCCCGCCAGACCCGAUACGAUCGACCUCGACGAAGACGAGAAAGAGAUGCUCAGCGAGGCUCGAGCGCGUCUCGCAAACACACAAGGAAAGAAGGCGAAACGUAAGGCCAGAGAGCGUCAGCAGGAGGAGUCGCGCCGUCUGGCCGCGCUGCAGAAGCGGCGCGAGCUGAAGACGGCCGGCAUCAACAUCAAGGUCGUCACGCGCAAGAAGGGGCAGAUGGACUACAAUGCCGACAUUCCUUUCGAAAAGAAGGCCGCCCCUGGAUUCUACGACACAACAGAGGAGCAGGCUCGCAACGAGCAGCAGCGCUUGGCGUUCGACCCGAGAAAACAGCAGCUCGCGAGCAAACGUAAGGGCGAUGGCGACGAGGAUGGCGAUAGCAAGAGGAGAAAGAAGGAGAAGGAGGCGCCGUCUGCGUCUUUCCAAGCUGCGAUGAAGGCUGGUCAGAUGCAAAAGAUUCGCGAGGCCGAACAGAGCAGCAAACGGCGAGCGCUCAACCUGCCAGCCCCUCAGGUCGGCGAGGGCGAGCUGGAGGAGAUCGUCAAGAUGGGUAUGGUCGGCGAGAGGGCCAACAUGAUGGCGCGCGAAAGCGAAAACGAUGCCACCAGAGGCCUGGUCAGCGAGUACUCCACUCUGAACAACAGCGCGCCGAUCAGAACACCUCGAGCUCCCGCGCAAGAAGACCACAUUGCCAACGAGAUCAGGAAUAUCAGAGCCCUCACCAACACUCAGUCAUCGCUGCUGGGUGGUGAGAACACCCCCCUGCAUGAAGGCGCGGAGUCAACAGGAUUCGAUGGCAUCGCACCACGCAAGCAAACCGUCGCAACUCCCAACCCCAUGGCCACGCCUAUGCACGCCAACGGUGUUGCGCAGACGCCCGCUCGGGUUGGCCAGACCCCCAUGAGGACUCCACGAGACAGCUUCGCACUGAACGCAAACGAUGGCACAAUGGCCGCCGCUACACCCAAGGACGUCAAGAUGCGAGACAUGGCUCUGCGCAACCAACUACGGCAAGGCCUGUCGGCUCUGCCCAAGCCCAAAGACACCGAUUGGGAACUCGAGCUUCCAGAAGAACAAAAAGAAGACCUUGUUACCGAGGAGAUGCUGGCGGAAGACGCAGCAGAGAGGGAUCGCAGGGAACGCGAAUACCGGGAGGCACAGGAAGCUCUGGAACUGCAAAGACGGACACAAGUUUUGCAGAAGAAUCUCCCUCGGCCAAUGAAGGUGGAUGUGUCUGCACUGUUGUCCGUUGCCAACGAGGCCCAGAACGACGCAGAGGUGCUCAUUGCCAGGGAGGCUGCUGCUCUGAUCGCAAAUGAUGCCGUCAAGUACCCUGUGCCGCACGCAACCCUCACCGGCGUUGCUCCUUACUUGGACACGAUCAGCGAUAACGCUCUCGCUGAGGCGCGUCUUCAGAUUCUCAGCGAGACCAAGCCUCGGCCUUCUCGAGCUGAGAUUGAGGCUGCUUUCGAGAACCGGGGCAAGAACUCGCUGCUUCUUGGUCUGGGUUGCUAUGGAGACGAUGAAGAGGAAGAGGAGGCAGCAAUGAAAGAUGCCUUCGAUUCCAUUCAAGACUCAAUCGUAACCGCGGCCGAGAAGGGCAUCAAGCUUGAGAAGAAGCUGGCCCUGCACAUGGGCGGCUACCAGAAGAGACAGAAGAUGCUCAAGGACAAGAUCGGCGACGCAGCCGAGGCACUCGAAAAGGCUAACAACGCUCUCAGUGGCUUCAAGACGCUCGCCAUCUCGGAAGAGGUCGCCAUCCAACGGCGCCUGGGCGCUCUGAGAGACGAAGUGGGAUUCGUGAGCAGGAGGGAACGCGAGGCGCAGGAGCUGUAUCGCAAGACCAAGGAGGAGCUCGAUGCGCUCCGCACGAACGGUGUGAAUGGUCACUAUUAA